GCGGCCGCGCCCGGACUGUGGUACGAGAAGGCAGCGCCCGGGGACCGCAGGCUGGGAAAAGUGGUGACUAUAGCCAAGUCAAAGAAGUUUCGGGAUAAUCACGGGAAGGUUCUACUGGAGGGUCACAGGCUGAUCAAGGAUGCACUGGAAGCAGGAGCUGUGCCACAGACUCUGUUUUUCAGCACCUUGGAGCACCUGAAGUUGCUGCCUGAGGCAGAGAUAAAACGAGCCAGCUUGGUUAAGGUGAAGUUUGAAGACAUUAAGACCUGGUCUGACCUCGUAACUCCUCAGGGGCUUCUAGGCAUCUUCUCCAAGCCUGACCAUACCAAGAUGUCUUACCCUGCUGCUCAGCUCACCAACUCCUUGCCACUGCUCCUCAUCUGCGACAACGUCCGAGAUCCAGGGAACCUGGGGACCAUUCUGAGAUCUGCAGCAGGAGCAGGUUGUGAGAAAGUGCUCAUCACCAAAGGCUGUGUGGAUCCAUGGGAGCCAAAGGUGCUCCGUGCAGGAAUGGGGGCUCAUUUUCGUCUGCCCAUCAUCGCCAACCUGGACUGGGAAUCUGUUCCCAGCAACCUUCCUGAUGGCAUCCAGGUCUGCGUGGCCGACAACAAAGAUCCAACCACUCGGGCCAAGACCACGUCAGCGCCAGGAGGAGCUGGUGGGGCUGGCUCUGCUCCUGGCAGCUCAGAAGCUCCUGUGAAAUCCAGACCCAAGGCUGCUCCCGAGGAUGAGGAGGAAGCAGCAGGUCUCCCAGAGCUGGCCACGCAGUAUUACUACGAGCACUGGGCACAGGCUCCAGUGGCAGUGGUGAUCGGUGGGGAGACCCAUGGUGUGAGUCUGGACGCACUCCACCUCGCAGCCAGCACGAGGGGCAAGAGACUGGUCAUCCCCGUGGUGCCAGGUGUGGAGAGCCUGAACUCUGCAAUCGCUGCUGGCAUCGUGCUCUUCGAGGGGAAGAGACAACUACUGCGGAGGCACAAGCAGGAGGACGAAAGGCAGAAGUUCCCUGCAGCAGGUUAA